CUGAGGGGUGGUGAUGGGAGAUGUCCCGCAGCAGCUGUGCCAAGAGAAAAAGGAAUUGGGAUAUAGAGUACCCAUUGUUUCCAGGAGAGAGGCCACAGCAGGUCAGAAGAGCAGAUCUCAAGACAGCAGCGGCAGCUGCCUCCCUCUCUGAAGCAUGGCUCAGGUGUGGAGAAGGAUUUCAGGACACCUUCGGGACUCUGUCAUUCACAGCUGAAAAGAAGACUGUUACAGAAAAUCACCUCGAAUUAUUCCCUAGAUCUAAGAAAGAAACUACCACAUCUCAGAGUACCAGUGGACUUACGGAUAUAGCAUGGAGUUCCAGUGGAAGUGAUUUGUCAGAUGAGGAUAAGACACUUUCUGAACCACAGAGAGAUAAUGAACAUGGCUCCAGAAUAGGCAGUUUUUGUAACAGGAAAAUUUUAUGUCCAGAAGAUGGGGCCAGUGAAGAUGAAUUACAGUUUAUUGACUGGGAGUUUGACAGUGACAGGGAAGAUGCUAGUGCCUGUAAUGAAUGUGAAGAUGGAGAGGGUGCUGUGGACAUCUCCGACUGUGCUUCGUAUGCAAGUAGUCAUUCUUUGACAAUUGAUGAGAAGCUGUCUGAACUUCCCAAGCCAAGUUCUACAGAAAUUUUGGAGUAUUCAUCAGAUAGUGAAAAUGAAGAUGACUCAGAGAAUAUCCUAUUUAUUGAUUCAGAAUCCCCUCACAAAUACCACAUGGAGUUUGGGUCAGAUGCAAGAUGGGUUACAGAGAAACUCGGAGACCCAAAGGCAAGCUCAGCAAAGACCAUUUUGUGUUCACCCCAGAAACAGAUUACUAAGUUUCCCAAGACUCCAGAAAAUUCAGCAAAGAAGAAGUUUUUAAGAGGCGGGCUAGCAGAAAGAUUAAAUGGACUGCAGAAUCGGGAGAGAUCUGCCGUCUCUUUGUGGAGACAUCAGUGUGUUUCUUACCAAAAGACACUUUCAGGUAGAAAAUCUGGUGUAUUAACUGUGAGAAUUCUAGAGCUGCACGAGGAAUGCACCAUGCACAUUGCCAUGUGUGAGCUGUUAGCCGAGCCAUCAGCUGCUAGCCCUUCAGGAGGUGUGGCCUCCAUGCCUGCAACCCACCUGAGAGUUCUCUUCACCAAGGAGACUGCAGGCUACCUCAGGGGACAUCCCCAGGACAUUGUCCACAUCUUCCCUCCCUGGCAAAAGCUUAUUAUCCCAGAUGGAAGUUGCCCUACUAUUCUGAAUACUUACUUUUGUCAGAAGAUUGUUGCCAAAGGAGUUUCAGAAACAACUCGUGAAGUAUACUGUCAGGAUGUACCCACUCCAAGAAGAAGCAUCUCUUUGGCCCAGAUAUUUAGAAUUCAGAGUCUAACAAAUAAGUCACCUGAUAGCCAGGUUGUAUGUAGCGGGGUGGCCACCAAAGGGACAGACCAGACCCAUGAGUCCAUCCAAGCCAGUGCUCCCUUGAGAGACUCUCUCCUGGGCAUGGUGGAAAGCCAGGGAGCCAGGGUCCAAGUGGUGGUGCAGAAGAUGUACUCCCUCCGCGGCAGGGACAGCGCCAGGACCCCGAAGGGGGACAGCUUGGGGCACACAGACCCACCUGGAGCUCGGGUCUAUCUUCUGGUGCAAGAAGAUAGAAUGUUUGGUGAAGUACACUUGGAGGCCUCCAUCUUGAAGGGAAGACAGUUGGAAGGGAAGUCCUACAACCUGGUGGGAAUGAAGGUCCUACAGAAGGCUGCCAGAGGAAGGACAGAGGGGCUUUUCAAUUUGAUUGACUCCCUGUGGCCCCCAGCGAUACUGCUGAAAGCACCUGGCCAUGGACAGUCUUAUGAAGAGGUAAAAACUCAUCUGCCUCUUCCUACCCUUUGUUACAUCCUCAUGGUUCCUCUAGUUCUGGGAUGAAUUGAUAUAAUUGACAAAGCCCCCAUUUCUAAGCUUUAUCAGCCACCAAUUACCCGCUGCUUAAGAGAGAUUCUCCAGGUAAAUGAUCUUGGUACCCAUUGCAGCUUCUAUGCCAGGGUGAUAUAUCAAAGACCACAGCUGAAGAGUUUGCUUCUUCUGGAACAAAGGGAGAUUUGGCUGCAGGCGACUGACAUCACUCUGCAAACAAGGGAUAAGAGUGAGCCCGGGCUCCCCAGAACCCUGCCAAUCUGCGUGUCCCCCUCGUGCGUGCUGGGGCCAGAAGUCUUGGCAUCAUUCACUGUGGCUGCACCUCAGGGCACCCUCUUCAGGGAUGCUCUCUGAUACCAGGGUUGAAUUGUUUGUGUUGAGCGGACUGUCUUCUUGCUUCAAAAGCCCCUUUUGUGCAUGGCCUCUGGUGCUUGCCCCUGCGAGCUGACUGGCCCAGUGAUGCUCAACCAGCUGGGCUCUAUCACACCCGCCAACUCCAUUUGCAGUGUUCAAGGCACUGUGGUUAGUGUGGAUGAGAACACGGCUUUCUCCUGGCCUGCGUGUGACCAGUGUGGCGAUGGGAGAUUGGAACAGAGGCCAGAGGACAGAGGCACCCUUUCCUGUGGGAGCUGUUCUCGGCGUUCUCCUGUUCUCAAGGGGCACCUACAAGUCUUCCUGAACUACCCCUUGAUCACCCAGUGCAGAGUGAAGGUCAAGAUAGGUGCUUGCACCCUGCCGUCACAGUGCUGCAUUUCUUCUCUGCUAAGGACUGCUGCAGGCCCAGAUGGGAGUUAUGAAGUGAAGAGUGUCCUCAGGAAGGAGGUGGGGUUGCUGAGUUGUUUUGUCCAGUCCUUCACCAGUCACCCAACAAACUGCAUUGGAUUGGAGGAAACAGAGCUGCUGAGUGCUGGAGGCACCUCUGCAGAACUGCAGUUGCCACAGGAGUGGUGAACUUUGCAGUGUGGCUGUAAGGGCGGUGGUGGUAAUUUGGGGCCUAG